CCCCAUCCAUGGACCAGGAAACACGGCAACCCAAAAGAAAAGGUAGCUGGCUGACAUGGCUGUCUAACAGGCUGCCAAAGAUCUCUACAUGGAUCACAGCGGGCAACAAAGUAAACAAAGCACUGUAUCUGUGAGCAAAGCCAAUAACUAGGGAAUCUGACCCACAAGCUUAUCAUCAGACUGACUUCAGUGCAUGUGGCCUCUUCAGUUGUUCAUAGACAUCUGUUGGGCAGCCCAAAGGCCUGUUGCUAUGCACUAUAAAAGGAGAGACAUGAGCUGUGGGGAUACUGGGAGGAGCAGGCUUCUUUCAUGCAGGACUAUCCCUCUGGUAAUAGGGAUUCUGGUGACCAUGGCAAAGGGUACUGUGCCAGAAGAGCAAGAGGCUCUGGUGGAGAUGAUAUCUAUGGAACUGGAGGCUUCCAUGCAGUCCUCUGUGCUCUCUGAGCUCCAGGCUGCAGCAUCUUCAGUCAGUGAAGGGCCAUCUGCAGCUAUCCCAGAUUACUCUUUGAAGAAUGGGGGAGUCCACACUGGCAUACCUGACUCCUCAGCAAUCGUUGGCCAGGUGUUUCAGUUGAAGGUUCCACCAGGACCUGUCAAUUCAAGCUGUAAUGUUCAUCUCACUGAGAUGGGAAAGGAGACUUUACCCUCCUGGCUGUAUUGGGACAAAGAACGCUGCAUUCUCAGAGGCUUGGCUCUGGAGCGGGAUAAAGGUGUUUAUCAUAUUUUGGUAUCUGGAGAGGAGAUAACUGAGAAGAUGGGCAGCCAAGUGUUUCCCAGUACAGUCUUCUCUAUUGAAGUAUACCCUGAAGAACGAGCUGACACUGAGCCAGCUCUACUCACUCUACAGUCUGAUAUUAGUGGCCUCCAGCCUUUCACCUGUGGCUCCGAGGAGCCUGUCACUGUGCUCACUGUCAUCUUGGAUGCUGACUUGACUAAGAUGGUUGCAGAACAGAGGGUCAGCUUACUGCGCAUUAUGAGAAAGUUCUCACAUGUGCCCCUGGAGCACAUGAGGGUGAUCCCUGUUGUUAACAAUCGCUUAUUUGACAUGUCUGCUUUCAUGGCUGGACCAGGGAAUGCUAAGAAGGUGGUUGAGAAUGGGGCCUUACUGUCAUGGAAACUUGGAUGUGCCCUUGAGCAGAGCAGUAUCCCUGACAUUAGCAGUGUCCAGUCCUCAGCAAAAGAUGGGACUAUGUCAGCCAGGUUGGGGUAUCCAGUGGUUGGUUGGCACAUUGUCAACAAAAAGCCCCAUGGGGUGAAACGCGUCAGACGGCAGUUGAACAACACUCCAACUCCAGUGCCCUCGCUGCUUCCUCCAACUACUCACCCAGAACCCCCUGUACGUGUUGUUCCCACCCCAACAUCACCCUCAAUUGCCCCAGCAACAGACAACUCUGCUCCCCCUGUUCGAGGCCCUUUGCCUCUUCCAGUGAAGCCCACUAUGAGGGUUAGAGAUCAGAUAGCCCACACACCUGUCUUUGGACCUCCCCAGCCAACAAGAGUUCUAGGAACUACAAGCACCAUCCCUAUUCAGCCAACUAUGACCCGGCCUACUUUUGUGGAGGCCACAGCUGUGCCAACACCACCAAGUACCACCAAAAAACCCAAACCCACAGCCACAAGGAAACCCAAGAAACCUAAAACUUCCACACCAGCUCCCCGGGAACCCAAGUCUACCACAGCCAAACCACCCAGACGCACCACUCCUCUCUCUUUGGCUCCAGACUUGAAUCAGCCUCCAGAGAUCCGCAACCCAAUUGAUCAGGUGAAUGCAUGGGUUGGCACAUACUUUGAAGUUAAGAUUCCUCCUGAUACAUUCUUUGACAGGGAGGAUGGCACUGCUGAUAAGCUUCGUUUGACUUUGAAGAAGACCCCCAAAGACUCAGUGAAUGAAACCUCUUGGAUCCAGUUUAACAGCACCAUACAGCUUUUAUAUGGCCUCCCAGAGGAGCAGCAUGAGGGGAAACAUGAGUACUUCAUGUUGGCAACUGAUAAGGGUGGGAGGAGCAUCUUGGAUGCAUUUGAGGUACAAGUAAACCGUUGGUCUACUAAUGACAAACCAUCAGUUGUGUUUGCUGCUCGUUUCCAUGGUGACCCCAACACCUUAAGCAACGAUGUCCACAAGAAGAUUCUUCUGACCAGAAAGUUAGCUUAUGCCUUUGGUGAUCGCAAUAGCAGCACAGUGACCCUGAGAAGCAUCACUAGGGGCUCCAUUGUGGUGGAAUGGACCAAUAACAGUCUCCAGCAGAAUCUUUGUCCAAAGGAGCAGAUUACAAUUCUCAGUAGCAGGAUCUCUGAUCCUCAAGGGACACCUAAACGGGCCUUCAUCAAAGCCAUGGAGCCUGAAUUCAUACCCAAAAACAUUUCAGUUCGUGGCACCAAUAAAUGUCAGCGCUACACGUUCAUUCCACCAGGAGAGAUGCCAUUGCCUGAUCUUCCUACAGCUACUCCUUCACCUGGGACUGGUCGUAGGAGCAGCGAUGAUGUUUACAAAAACGUCAUGCCUGCUGUUGUGGUAGCAGCCCUGCUGCUCAUAGCCGGGAUCAUUGCUAUGGUCUGCUAUCGCAAGAAGCGCAAAGGGAAGAUGACCAUAGAAGAACAGGCCACUUUCAUCAAGAAAGGAGUCCCCAUAAUAUUUGCAGAUGAGUUGGAUGAUUCCAAGUCACCCCCAUCCUCCAGCAUCCCUCUUAUCCUUCAGGAGGAAAAGCCCCCACUUCCUCCUCCAGAAUACCCUAACAUGGCCGGUCCACACAGUACUCUGCUUAACCAGGAUUUGUUGGAGGAGUAUUCUUUUUAUCAAGAUGAUGAUACUAAUGCCCCUCCUUACCAGCCCCCCCCACCAUUUACAGUCCCCAUAGAGGGCAAAGGCUCUCGCCCCAAGAACAUGACCGCAUAUAGGUCACCACCUCCCUAUGUGCCUCCCUAACACCCACUGGAGCUUUCAGUUGGGAAAGCAGGUGAAAUGUAGGGACGCUUGUUGAAAAUGAAAUGGCUUUGACUUUGUAGAGGAGCAGGCAACCAUAUUCAUAUAUUUGACCAUCAUGGAUAAGACACUGUAUUUUACGAUUCUACUACUGGCACAGGGCAACUGGAUGGGGAAUGGUUUGUAAUUUCAGCACUUUUUUGGGUCCUUCACAUCUACUUUUGACUUCUAAAAUAUUCUUUUGUCUGUUUUUGCCAAGAAGAGUCAAUUUUAUCUUCAAUGAUGUACUAUUUCUAUUGUAUAGGAAAUAAUAAAGGAGGGAAGACAAGUCCACAGGGCCUUUGCGCAGAUGUCACCAUGACAACAGACUUGAGGCUGUCCCUCACAAUAUCUUUGAGUUUUAUAUCACUCUUAUCUGUCCUUUGGCUAGGUUUACUAAGAUUUUGCACCUGUUAUUUCUAGAGGGGAAUAAAAUACAAAAAGCCAAACUGAAAGCAUGAAACACUUUAUUUACACAAAAUGAGUUUGUUUCUUACUUCGAUCUUUCCUUGGUGUCCUUUAUGCUUUUCUCCCUCUUGACAAUAACAAGCAAACCUUGCACUUAUGCAAAUUCUUGUUAAACCUUGCACUAUGUGUAUUGCACAGAAUUGAACACAGUAGGUGGUAGGUUAGGCGGUGGGGGGGGGUUCGUUUUGUUUCCCUGAACUCACCACAUAACUGAGAUUCCUCUGGUACUUGAUCACAAAGGACAUUACACUGAUCAUGCCUGUUGUAGAUGUAGCCUAAUUAAGUUACAAAACAAAUAAUGGCUUUUUUUGGUCUUAAUGCGUGUGCCACUGAGCCUGUCCUGUGAGAUGACUGGUUUUGCUGUUGCCAAGGUGAUGUGUGUGGUCACAAGGCCAACUGUGUGUGGUUUCUACAACAAUAACAAUGGGGCCAAUGGAAUGCUGUGGUUCACAGUAGGGUGACAAUGGAUGACAUGGGCAAUGAGGUGGAGCCAAUGUCUAAUAUUCAGUUGGUGUUAUUAGUAUGUGGGGUGGGUGGGCUUGGAGUACUGUACUGUCACUGCUCUGUCUCUAGGGGUUGCACUGUUACAUUUAGUGCACUGCCUGGUGUCAGUUCAGAUGAGACAUUAAGGGGAUGUACAUAAUUGUGUGCCUGUGAAAUUAAACAGCUCCAUAAUGUUAGUGUUUUAUCAGUAAACCUAGUUGGGAAAGGGAGGGCCAGAAUGGGAUAUAGUUUUAUUUUUUGAUUGUAUGUCUAGAUUUAUGAUCACAAUCAUAAAAAAAAAAAAAAA